AUGUCGCCUAUAGCGCUUCCUCGCUCUCCUCAGACCUCGACACCAAAUCUUCUGAGCCCUUCCUACAACCGCUCUACAUCGGGUUACUCACGAAGCAACACCUCUCCAUAUGGUCUGAGCAGAGGUGCUGAGAUCAGAGACGAAAUAAUCAACAAUGCUGAGAAGAUCCAAAGAAGGGUGAUGGCGACCUAUCGUCGAAUGUCACCUCUACAGCGCAUUCUGGUCAUCGCAGGUCUGGUAGUGAUCAAUGUCGGGUUCGUGAUCUUCUUGAUCUUCAAUGAGAGGAUAUUUGGCUUUCUUGAGCCUUUCGCGGAGAAGUGGAAACAUACCACAGGCGGGUGGACAAUUCUGUGGGCACUCACGUUUCUUACUGCUUUUCCGCCGUUAAUCGGAUACUCGACAUGCGGGACUAUGGCGGGUUUCGUCUAUGGUGUUGGUGAAGGAUGGUUGAUUUACGCUACUGCCACUGUUGCGGGCUCUUUCUGCUCGUUCAUCGUGUCAAGAACAUUGCUCAGGAAAUAUGUCGAGCGUAUGGUUGCUAACGACAAACGUUUUGCGGCGCUGACGUUGACACUGAAGGAGGAUGGGUUGAAGCUGUUGUGCAUGAUCAGGUUAUGUCCAUUGCCAUAUUCUCUCAGCAAUGGAGCCAUGUCGACUUUUCCCACAGUUGAACCAUCUGCCUACGCAUUAGCUACUGCCUGCAUCAGUCCCAAGCUCCUCAUCCACGUCUUCAUUGGCAGCAGACUCGCCAAGAUUGCCAAAAACAAGGACGAGAUGACCCUCGGAGACAAGGCCCUCAAUUGGGCCAGCAUCAUCUUCUUCGGUCUUCUUGGCGCCUCUGUGGGAUGGUUCAUUUAUCGCAAGACCAUGCAAAGGGCACGAGAACUAGAAGCAGAAGAACAAGAACGCGUUCGCGAUUCCACGAGGCGAACAGGUGCCCCUCCACCAGAAUUCACGGACGAUCCAGAGGCGCAGGCUGCAGCUGGGAUAUUGGCGCGCGAUGAAGACGAUGAUGUGGCAUAUUUUGACGAGGGGCCAAGUCCACAGCCAUAUCGCGAUAGCACAAGUGAAGAGGAUAUCUUUGCUAAAGGUGAUGGUGGCGACGACGCAUGA